UGAAGGAAUGAAACCUUCAGAUACUCACACCAAAAUGAAGCUGCUUGCCGCAGCCUUUUUUCUUUCAUUUAUUUUUUUAUUUAACAAAGUUAAAGCUGAAUAUGAUCUCAACGAAGUUGGUUGUGGUUCCUUGGUGGACAACUACUUGUUGGAAAACUCCAGUAUUUCAUUCAAUGCUACAUCCGGGGACCCUGGCCGUCCCUUAAUUUCUGGAGAACCAUGGAAGCCGACCAACCUUAGCUUUAGGAACUCCUUGACGGUUGAUUUAGGUGAAAACUACAGUGUCAGUCAGGUGGUGUGGUCAGGAGACCCUGCAGCAGCAGAACAAACAAAUCAGAUGACAAUUCAGUACAGCUACGAUGGAAUAACAUACGACUGUAGAAGGAAACCACUAGCACCUGCAUCCUGCAAUCCAUACUAUGGGAAUCACCCGCCACCUGCACCAAGUCAGGCAAUUAACGUGGUUAAUCUUGGAAGCGUCAUAACUGCACGUUACUUCAGAUUUGUUCCAAUUGAACCAGAUCCAGGAGUAAAGCCUGGUUCACACAAUUUAAGAAUUGACGUAAAUGGAUGUGUUAAAGGUAUUCCCGAUAUCGAUCUUGUGUUUCUGUUCAGUUCAACUUCUACCAUCRUAGCAGACGCAAAUGCAGCUUUUACGUUCAUGAAAAACACAGCUAAAGAAUUUGUGACGCAAUAUGGUAAUACGUAUAUCAGGUACGGCCUGAUCGUCUUUGGUAGUACUGUCAACGAUGUCUUUAACUUCCAGACUACUGCCAGUAUGAAUAAAGCUACUUUGAAGACGUCAAUCGAUGCCUCCAACAACAUCGCUGGUUCAUCUGAUCUGAAAGCUGCGCUUGGAAAUGCAAAAGCAAUGUUACAAGGACCAGGUUCACGACCAAACGCAAGRAAGAUUGUUGUUGUAAUGAUGGACACGGGUUCAGCACAGUCUCAGAAUGAAUUGGAACUUGCUGCAAAAAACCUCAGAGAUAUCGAAGCACUUGUGAUCGGUAUUGGCAUUGGAAGACAGAUUCCAGUACAACAGCUUGAGUGGAUAACUCUAAAUAGGUAUUACGUCAUGCUGUUUCCAUGGACAGGAAGCUUUCGUCAUCUUUGCUUUGGUAUUGCUGCAAGAUGCUUUAAAGGUAUGGAUUAAGGAGGAGCACUGAAAUCGUACUUGACAUUAGAAAUAUGUACUCUUCAUUUAUUACCCAACCCCACUGAAAAGGAAUUAUUUAUUUACAUAACGAUCAACUCACCUACGUGAAUAGUAUCUUUAUUGCUCUUUACGUUCGUGAUACAUAUAAAAUUUGAAGGUUACUUUAUAAAUAGAGAAAGGUUACUAUGUAGACGAUAAGCCUGAGAGCUAAAUAAACCGUUAGGUUUUCGAGCUAGCUCCCAGUAUUUUGUUGCCAUUUUGUAGGUUUAAGAGCGUAAUUUAGUAUUGACAUGUAUAUUGAGAAAAAAAAAAUACUAAAGAACUAAUAAUAUAUAUAACA